AUGGAUAAUACUAAAAAUAGUUAUUUUACUGAAGAUGAAAAUGAAGAGAAAAUAAUAUCAAUAAAAAGAGUUAUAACAAUAUCAUCUGAUGAUGAAGAUAGAGAAAUGAAUGAAACUAAUAAACGUCAACGUUCAUCUUCAUUAGGAAAAUAUAAACCAUUACAAAUAGUGAAUAAACAACCAAUAAUAGGUAAUACUAGACAAACAUCAUUAUCAAUUAUAAGAACUAGUAGUAAUGAUAAUGGUAAUGAAGAAAGAAAAUGGAAUUUAAAAAUGAUUACUUCAUCAUCAAAUGAAAGUUCAUCAAAACAAUCAAAGAAAAAAAUAACACAAACGAAAUCUUUUACAGUAGCUAAGUCAACAUCUUCAAGUACAUUAGUUCGAACAGUCUCUUCGCCAUCAAGCAUCAAACAAGAAAUAACAAUUGAUCAAACACGAACAGUAUCUCUUGAUGGAAUUGAUAUUGAUGAAGAAGAAGUUUUCUCUCAAUGGAAUGAUGAAUCGAACAGUUCUUUAUCAGUUAAUACAAUUACCACACAAACAUCAUCAACUAGUGUCGAUAGUAAAUCAAUAUGGAAACAAAUAUUUAGUAAAUCAAUCAAAUCGAAACCAGUCGAUGAUGAAUUAAAACAACAAUGGUCUGAAUUAGACAAAGAUCAAUCAUCGAAUUAUUAUCGAUUUAAUACACCAACAGCUGCUGUUAAAAGAACAUGUCCAUUUUACAAAAAAAUACCUGGUACAACAUUUUGUAUUGAUGCAUUUAAUUUUGGUAAUAUCGAUGGAAUACAAGCUUAUUUUCUUUCACAUUUUCAUUCGGAUCAUUAUGGUGGAUUGAAUAAAAAGUUUUCUAAUAUGCUUUAUUCAAAUCAAAUUACUAGCAAUUUGUGUAAAAGUCAAUUAGGUAUUCGACCAGAAAAUAUGACUAUUCUUCCUAUGGAUGUGUUUACGACUGUUCAUGGUAUCGAUGUAGCUCUUUUAGAUGCCAAUCAUUGUCCCGGUUCAAAUAUGUUUUUGUUUCGAUUUCCAAAUGGUAAAUUAGUUUUACAUACGGGAGAUUUUCGAGCAGCACCACAUCUUUUAAGACAUCCAUUACUUCAACCUAAUCAAAUAGAUACAAUUUAUCUUGAUACAACUUAUUGUGAUUCUCAUUAUCGUUUUCCAUCUCAAGAUGAAGUCAUCAAAAGUGCUGUUGAAUUAGUCUUAGAUUCAUUAAAAGGAAAUGCAAGAACAUUGAUUGCUAUUGGAACAUAUCUUAUUGGUAAAGAGCGAAUAUUUCAUGCUAUUGCAAAAGCACUGGAUUGCAAAAUAUUUGUUGAAACAAGGAAAUUUCGUAUACUUAAUCAAUUAGAAAAUACUGAUUUGUCAACACGUUUAACAACAAAUCCCGAUGAAACAAAUGUUCAUGUUGUUGGUAUGGGUUCAAUUUCUCAACCGAUGCUACAAACACAUUUGGAUAAAUAUUCAUUAAAAUAUAAUAAAAUAAUUGGAAUAAAACCAACAGGUUGGACAACUCCUCGAUCAAUAAAUGGAUCAAAACAUUAUUCCAUUGAAUCGAAAUCAUCAAAUAUUACUAUCUAUGGUUUUCCCUAUAGUGAACAUAGUUCUUUUGAUGAAUUGAAAUAUUUUAUUCAAUAUCUUAAACCAAAAAGAAUAAUUCCAACAGUUAAUGUCGGACGUGCCAAUGUACGAGAAAAAAUGAAUGAAUAUUUUCAACAGUGGCUUUCAAUGCCUAUUGUCAUUAUUGGAGGUGUAACAGCUGUUGGUAAAACAUCUACAGCUAAAAGAUUAAAGGAUUUAUAUGGUUGGGAUUACAUUGAAGCCGAUGAGUUUCAUUCUAAAGCGAAUAUUGAUAAAAUGACAGCGGGUAUAGCAUUAACAGAUGAAGAUCGUCUUCCUUGGUUACAACUUCUUCAUGAACAAUUAAAAAAAUAUCUAUUAACAAAUCGAAGUUGUGUUAUGACAUGUUCAGCUUUAAAAAGAUCCUAUCGACACAUCUUAUUAACUGGUUCAUCAAAUCCUAAUGCUCAAGCAGACAUGCCAAAAGAAGCUGUUUAUCUUAUUAUAUUAACAUUAUCACGAGAAGCAUUACAUAAUCGGUUACUUCGACGUCAACAUGAACAUUUCAUGAAUCCUUUAUUAUUAGAUUCACAAAUUGCAGUACUUGAAUUACCUAUAAAUCAGGAAGAUGAACCUUAUACGUAUCUUAUUAAUUGUGAUGAUCUUUCACAAGAUGAAGUUAUUUGUCAAAUUCAAAUGCUAAUCAAGAAAUAA